AUGUCAGACCAAGCAUCAGUCAACAGAUCCAUCUCCACCAUUCGCACCGAGCUUGAACUCCUCUCUCAAAACAGCCUUCUUUCCCCCUCUCAAUUCCAAUCUAUCAUGGCGCAACUACCCCAAAAAAAUGGCUCCCCGUCUCAAUAUAUCGAUACCCGCUACAAUUCCAGCUCCAAUUUCAAUCCUCAACAGAUGGCACAAGAAGCUCAGGAUCCAAAUCAUCCUGCACAUCCUGUUAAUCGUAAGCAGCACGAAUGGGCGAAGGUAAUGACUGUUAAAUUAGAGAUUGCGGCUGUGUUGGGAGCAGUAUUAGCAGUAUUAGUCUAUAGUAUUAUCACAGAAUAA